AAUAUCACUUGAGCACCAAGCAGAUCACUUUCCAAGAAGGCUAUGGCCGACGAACUCUACAGCAUACAUAACAGUUCUCCGACAUCUCACGCGACAAGCAGAUUCUUCUCCAAUUUACUCCAAUUCGCCACUUCAUAUCUUUCGCACAUCCAAUUUUCAGAUUUUCCCUCGCCGUGAACCAGAUAGAAAGCAUAACUAAAGGUGGAUUGGUGCUUGCCAGUGAGGGAACAAAUUGUCUACAUCUUGCUUGGUGGUAGACACAAUAUGCUUGUGAAGUCUUGUGCUUGUAGAUUGAUCUUGGAACAUCCUAUAGGCGCCAUUUGGGAAAACCAGGAUAAACUUCAACAAACAACCUUUCUUUGGUUGACUUCAAUCUCCAUUCCUUCCAGUUAUACACAUCUCCAACUUAUCUAAUUCUUUCUGGACUUUGGGACGUAAGCCAGUUUGGUGAACAUUUGGAGAUCAUGGGUGAUGCAAUUGAUUUAACUGGCGAUGGAGGUGUCAUCAAGACAAUUGUAAGGCGUGCCAAACCUGAUGCAAUUGCUCCAACAGAUAGCCUUCCUCUUGUUGAUGUUCAUUACGAAGGCAUCCUUCCUGAAACUGGUGAAGUUUUUGAUACUACACGUGAAGAUAAUACCGUCUUCACAUUUGAAGUUGGAAAAGGCAAUGUAAUCAAGGGUUGGGACGUUGCAUUGAGAACCAUGAAGGUUGGGGAGGUUGCAAAGCUGACUCUGAAGCCAGAAUAUGCCUAUGGCAGUGCAGGUUCUCCUCCUGAUAUCCCCCCAGAUGCAACACUUGUCUUCGAGGUUGAAUUGGUGGCAUGCAGACCGCCAAAGGGUUCCAGUUUAAAUAGCGUUUCAGAUGAGAAGGCUAGGCUACAAGAGUUGAAGAAGCAAAGGGAAAUUGCUGCUGCUGUAAAAGAGGAAGAGAAGAAGAGGAGGGAAGAAGCUAAAGCUGCUGCUGCUGCUCGUAUCCAAGCCAAGAUGGAAUCCAAGAAAGGUCAAGGUAAGGGAAAAGGCAAAGCAAAAUAGGUCCAUCUAACCUUUUUCGUGACACUUAAAUAUUGCAUAGAAACAUAAGAAACAUGCUAUGUCUCAAGUUCUCAUUACAUUGAAAGGUUAACUUAUCAGGCAGUAUUUGACCAACAUAUAAAUUUCUGGAAUGGAGAAGUUUCCCAAAAAGAAAAUUUGAAAAACUAUAAUAAAUCUCUAUUAUUAUGCA